AUGUUUUUUUCUCUUUAUUUAUUUGUGUGUGUGUGCGAGCAGGAGGUAAGGAGGAAGGGGAUUUAUAGCGGGCAGCGGGUGCGCCAAAGUUCAAUGGUUUACCGCCGCUCACGCCUCUCCUUGUUGUCCCGUGCCGUGCCGCCGAGCAAGCUGCAGGCUCUCUUCCUUCGCUGUGGGCUGCGGGAUAUUGUCGAGGCGCAUGGCGAUAACUUUGCGCGGGAAGUGGCAAUGCGUUCAAAGUACCAGCUGUUCAGCCCUCUUUUUACUCCAUAUUUUACAAUGGAGAGCCAUCACCUCACAAUGCUUGGCGACACUAUCAUCGAUGACUUUCUUUCCCAGGCAAUGCUGCGAUACGCCAUACACGCCGGUCUUGUGCUAACAACGAACGCGACAAGGCAACUUAAUGCGGUUUUGCACAAUCACUUCACUUUGCGCCUAUUUGCAAAAGAGCUGCAUUUUGAUGAGCUUGCGGUCCCGCUGAAUCUCGAUAGCCUUCUCGCCGAUGACGGUGGCAAAACGACAGGGGACAGGCUUGCAUUUCUGGAGCCGCAGUAUGUUGGACUGCGGGAACACGAUGUUGCGGGGACGUCUUUUCAGGUCACGCCACUGCGUGCCGGGCAAAGUCCUCUUGGCUGGAUGUUCUCUCAUUUUAUAGGCGCCCUGCAGCAGACGUUGGGCAGUGAUGUGGUGCGGCGGGUUUUGUCACACACCUACGGGGACGUGGAAAUGAACCUCCCCAGUGGUGCGGCGGCGCUCCUGCUACGCACUUUGCAGCAUUUUCCCGCUGGAAACGUCACGGAAGCGGUGCUUGCCGCGCAAGGGCUGCCGUUGCGUUUUGUCACCAAGACACGUGUGCUGUCAGACGAGGCGACGAGGGAGGGAGAGGAAGAUGGUGACGAGGUGGCUGGAAAGAAGAGCGUGGAGGAGGCCGUUUUGUGCAGUGGGUUCGGUGUGCAGGACGCGACACGUGACGCAAUGACAAUUGAUGGAAUUGCCGCCAACCCCGGCGUGCUUGCAUCGCUUGCGGCUGGCCCGGGUGGGAUAGACGGCAUCAACACGUGGCGUCAGCGGGCGCAACGGGAGCUUCAGGAGGGACGAGGGCUAUUACGCGACGCGAUCCGGGACGAGCAUGACGACGAUGACGGAUGGCUUCACCCGGAGGAGCGGGAGCGCUACAGGCGAGGCGCAGCCUUCUACAACGCUGUGGACUUUACCGCCGUGGCAAAUUACUUUGCCGAUUUGUACGGGAUACCUCAGCCUGUCAAUGCGCAGCGAGUCACACGUCUGAAGUUUAGAAAUUCCGUUCGAGACCCGCUCUUCUACGACACACGCUCCGACAUGCGGAAUGGGGUGCCCUUCUCGACCGACGGUGAGCCGCUCGCCCAAUAUCUUGACCGGUUCAACCGGCCUCACAGACGUCUCUUCGAGGUGUCGCUUGUUGUUGGUAGCGGCGAGGGCCGUACUGCCGGUCGCGCCAUUGCGACACGUUACACCGUCGCACGUGAGUCGGCGUGCAGGGCGUACCUUGGUGCCGUCCUGCACGAUCUCCACACGAUGAAGGAGAGGAAUUCCACUGCGGUGUAA